GGAGCUGGAGGCGACGGUCAGCUCGCUGACAGCGGUGGAAGAGGAGAAGAAGCAGCUUCACCAUCUCUCAGAGUCCCUGCAGAACAACCUGGAGGCGCUGUCUCAUGAGAAGCAGAGGACCUUGGACAGACUGAAGGACAGCGAGCACCAGGCUCAGGAGCUGAGCAGCCAGAACGAACACCUCUGCCAGUCCAGCGGAAACCUGAGGACCAUCCUCCAGCAGAUCGAGGAGGAGAUGAGGAAACUGCAGGAUGAGAAACAGCUGGCUGAGGAGAGGCUACAGGAGAACGAAAAGAAAGCGUGUGCCCUGCAGGAGGAACGCGAGUUUUAUUCCACCCAGUCCCAGGAGCUGCAGGCCUCCCUCUCGGAGCUGACAGUGGAGAAGCAGAAGACGGAGAGCGAGCUGAAGUGGAAUUUCCGAGUGCAGGAUUGA